AUAGCCAACUUUCUGUAUCAACUAGGCGUUGUGACGUUUGUUGCCACUCGGAAAACGAAACCCGAAACUGGCUUAAUGACAUUGUAAACUUAAACGAUGGAAGAAGCAACAUAUAUUAUUUUUCAAUCUGAAUAUAACGUUACUUGACGUUGAGUGUGUGACUGGUGCUGUUGUAGUUAAAGGGUGAACAUGUCGCGUGUUGCAGCUGAUCUUCACUUUAAAACCCUUGUCGAGUGCAAAUACUGUCACCCCAACGAGGUGCUUGAUGACAUUAAAGUUGUGUCCACUGAAUUCCCAGACCUUCUGCUUUACGUGGACUAUUAUUACUUCCCCAACAAUGAUAAGAAGAAAUUGGUUAAUUUGGGCGGCACUGUACCUGUAACAUAUGAAGGCAACAAGUAUAACAUUCCAGUUUGCAUCUGGAUCCAUGAGACCCAUCCCAAAAACCCACCCAGGUGCAUCGUCUGCCCCUCACCCUCUAUGGUGAUCAAUGCUAAAAGCAGCAGUGUGGAUGCAUACGGCCGCAUUCUUCUUGAUUGUCUCAGCAACUGGAAGAUUGGGUGGUCAAAUUUGUCAAUAGUUCUGGAGGAGAUGAUUGCUGCCUUUCAGCGGGAAACUCCCCUUUUUGCCACCUAUCCAAUCAGAACCCCGUCUCUACCUUCCCAGACAAAGCUUUUGCCUGAAAAACGGGUAGUUCAGCCAAGUCCUUUUUCAUCCUAUGGCAGCUGGCCGCAUGCAGGUAGCAGUUCCAUGCAGAAGUCAUCAGCCGUGCAACAUGGAGUGACUCAGCAUCCCAGCAAUACAAUACCCAAGAGUAAAAUGUCCCAGAGCAGUCUGUCACUGGCCACUGGCUCUGAGAUGAGUAGGGUAAGGAGAUCAUAUACACAAGAGUUGCUGGAUUUUGGGAUCACAUUUGGAGCACAAGAUUUGGAGACUAACCACCAAACAAAUCCAUUUAUCUCUCCUGCCUCAGGUUCAGCCAGUAGUUCUUCUGAUUUAAACAACAUAGAUGACAUGUUCAAAAGCCUUCAAUUACAAGGAGUAGUCAAUAUGUACCAGAUGGACAACAGAGACAAAGACAUUCUCCAUGCUGGGGGACAGUGGCAGGAUGAUGGUGGCAGCCCUGUGGUUCAACCAGCCUUGUUGGAUAACAGUCACAAGGUGGUGGUGAACAGGCUUCCUGUGGGGGUCUCUCACAGCAAGAUGAAGAACAAGCUCACCAUCUACUUCCAGAGAAAGCACAAUGCAGGGGGAGAAGUUCUGGAUGUCAAAUAUCCUGCAGCCCAGCCAGACCAGGCUUGGGUCCUCUUCAGAGACUACAGAGAUGCAGAGCAGGUUCUGAAACAGCCUGACAGGGUGAUUACAAUGAAUGAGCAGCGAUUUCUUAUUCAGCUGAGGAAAUUUGAGGACAUGGAGAUUCCAGAUGAUCUGCAAGGUGAAAAGGCGGAAAUGUUCAAGCGCAUCUUGAGUCUGGAGGGGUGCAGUUUCAUCCCCACAGAUGUACUGGAAGCAGUGCAGUCUUGCCGGAACCUUGACUCUGCUCUGAAAUACCUCUCCCAUGACUGUCCCAUAUGCCAGGAGCAAGUGUCCUUCAACAGGAUGAUCACCAUGACUCACUGCUCUUGCUCAUUCUGUGAGAGCUGUUUUAAGAAAUACUUUUCCUCUGUCAUCAAGGAGAAGAGUAUAGUACAUGCAGUGUGUCCUCUCUGUAAUCUUCCUGAUGUGCGGGGAGGCCGUAGGGAGGAUUCUAUGGAAUACUUUAGUCUGCUUGACACUCAGAUCCGGUAUUAUUUGGACCCUCAGAUCCAUGAGCUCUUUCAAAGGAAGCUCAGAGACAAGGCACUGCAGGAAAUGCCCAACUUCCGCUGGUGUGCACAUUGUUCCUUUGGGCUCCUUCAUGAAGCAGACAGGCUGAGGAUGGACUGCCCCAGCUGUAGGAAAAGCUCAUGCUUUCAGUGCAAAAAGCCUUGGGCUCCACAGCAUGAAGGGAUCUCCUGUGAGAUGUUCAAAGAGUGGGAGCAACUCAACAGCCCUGAGUACCAAAACCCAAGACUGGAGCAGCUCCUCAGCAGGAACAAAAUAGACUGCCCAAAAUGCAAAUUCCGCUUCUUCCUGGCUAGAGGAGGCUGUUUGCAUUUUAAAUGCACUCAGUGCCAGCAUGAAUUCUGUGGAGGCUGCAGUCAGGCAUUUAAACAGGGCUCUACCUGUAAUUUUUCGGUUGAGUGUGGAGCUAAAGGGUUACAUGCUCAUCACCCCAGAGACUGCCUAUAUCAUUUGCGAGAUUGGAGUGUCCCAAGACUUCGGAACCUGCUGCAGUACUAUGGAGUAUCACAUCCUCUAAUGUUCAGCCCCAAAGGUACAAUAGGGGGACACUUAAAAGGCAUUUGUGGUGUAAUGGAGUUCCAAGAAACAGGAGCUGUUAAAGAAGAGCCAUGUGGUCGGCUAGCUUUCCCUGAAUACAGUGGUUACUGCAUGUUACAUUAUAAAGAGUGUCUGGUGGAGCUAAUAAACAAGAGUGGAUUGGACCCUGUGGUACUGUUAGACAGUGCAGAGUUGAGGGCAGAACUUGACCGCUGGAAAGUGCCAGUCCCGGAGAAACAACCUUUAGAGGCAGAUCUGCGGUACGAGGACAGACUUCGGCAGAUUUUAAAAGAGAGGGUGGUUUUGACCAGUGGUGCAGCCCCUGGAUUGAAGCUAGCUGCUCCUCCCACACCCUCCCCAACUUCUCCUCCUGCGGCUGGAGCUCCAUGGUACUCAGUCUUGAUUCGAGCCAUGCCUGAGGACUCCCAGCAACUACUGCUGCUGACUGAUUGAAGAGCACAGCCCUGGACACUUAGGCAACUUUUCAUGUCAAGUCUAUUAUACAUUGGCAAAGCUCCAUCUAGCCAACUUGUUUUUUGUGUAUUUGAUUGUUUUUAAUCCAUGUCAGAGGAAAAAAUGCUUAACAAUGGGCAGAGCAACCAGAAAUAAUGCAGGAUUUAUAUCUGUUUUUAACAAUAAAAUCAAGACUAGAGGUUCUAAAGCACUUAAGAUGCCUGUAUCCUACUUAAGUCAUAUUUCAUAACCUUACUUGCUGAAAAGCUUGUGGAUUUCACUAAUUGUUGGCAAUGAUGGUCUAUUAAUACAUGAUUUAUGUUGUAACUGUUGUUAGGUUUUGUAUUAUUUUAUAUGAAAUAAUCUAUAUACUAUAUAUGCAUUUUAAUGAGCACAAGUUUGCACUUUUGGCCAUUGUGAAUGUGAAAUGGGUAAUAGCAUGACCUAUAAGAGGUGUGAGAGGUUAUGUGUUGCAGAUGAUUAUUGUAUGAAUUAAUGUGAAUAUUAAACACAUUUUUAACAGUCAAUUUUUUUCUGUGUAAUAUAAUAUUGUAAAAUAUGUAUUUUAUAUAUUUAUAUACAUUUAAAUGUUUUACAAUAUAGGGUACAGAGGGGCUAAAGCUCACUAGGUAAAAGGCUCCUUUGAUUUAUUUUCUCCCAAAACACUAAAUAGCAUCAAAAACUACCAUAGGACUUUCCUAAACACCCAUGUGUCACUAUGCACUGCAACAUUUUCCUAAUCCAUGAGAUCUUUGUGUGUAAAGGUUGAUUUUGAGGCAAUUUUAUUUAAUGUUUUAAAAAAAUGUAUAAAUGAAAAUCCUGGAAAUUAUCACAUUUGUCAUUUUUAAUUUUGUUCAGGGUGAUUAUAUUAAAAGAAUAUCAAUAACUGUCUAAUAGAUAAAAGGAUAGUAUUUGGGGUAAAAGGUCCCGUUGCAGGGGCUAAAGGCCCCUUUUAAACGCAUUGCUUUUCUUAAGUGGGGGGAAUAGAUUUAUUAUGAAACUUGUUCAAAGUGGGUUCAAGUUGACUGAUCCAAUCACAAUGGAGAUUAAUUUCUUUAAAGAAUACUUGAGAUGUAAUAAAAUGUCAAGAUUGAAAUGAACAAGAAAUGAUGCACCCUUUUCUAAAGUGGUUAUUUUGAAUAAGCAUUUUCUUAAAUUGUUACUCAAAAUAGCAUCUUGCUGUCUUAAAAGUUUUUGCAUAUGUUAACAAAUAGUGCCACUAUUGCCCCGGUAUCUACAUUAUACCCCCCAGAGGGCCUUUUACCCCAAGUGAGGUAGCCAUUUACCUCAGGUGUGGGGUAAAAGGCCCCUUGUCAAUUUUUUUAUUUUUUAAAUAAUAAUGUUUUUAAAACAAACUUUUGUUCUUCUUUCUUUUCACAAAAAUGAUGUUGCUCCAUCAACAUUCAAU